CUCAGUUUAGUUCACCAGUUCGUCUCAAAUAGUACACACGCUGCUCCCAGCCACAAUUAUCAAAGAUGUUCAAGUCUUAUCAGCUGCCACUUGCCUUAGCUCUGCUCUUUGGCUUCAUGUACUUCGAGGUCGCCUCCUAUUCGCGUGUGAUGCAUGUCAAUCAUGUACGUCCCAAUGCCACGCACUGGCAACACAAUCAGACGCACCUGGCACGCCCAGCUCAGCACUAUCAGCCGGCGCAUGUCCAACCUGUAGUGUAUGCUCCACCGCCGCAGUAUCAUGCUCAGCCUGCUCCAAUUGGUUUCGUGCCUCAGCCACAGCAAGCGAUCUACAGCUAUCCGAGCAAUAAUACUUAUCACUAUAACAACACCUAUCCAAUGCGUCAGAACUACACCAGGCCAGCAUUUAGUUUGAGUCACUUAUUCGGUUAAGCAAUUAACAAGGCUUUGAGUUUCAAUUUUUUCAAUAAAACAUUUUUUAUUCACUUCUUCGCUUGAACAAUUAAAGUCUUUGCAUUUAAUUUUUUGUUUGGCAGUUAAUUAUUUAAAAAUUUGUUUUUAAAGUUGCUGGAGUUUAUAAUUUGGGAGUGUUGACAAGACCCAACAUUCGUUGCAAGGAUUGGGAAAAACCCAAAAAUAAAAACCCAAUCAGGUCUGGGUUAGUGUUAAUUAUUAAUAAGGCUUUGAAUUCCAAUUUUUUCAAUAAUCAUUUAUUAUUCGGCAGUCAAUCAGCUGUAGCUUGCGAUGAACUGCGUUCAGCAUAUGAUCAUCGUGUUAAAUUUGCUUUCCGGUAUUCCAGGAACGUUAAAUAUAUAUAGUGAUGUACAAAUGAUGAUGUUGCUCCAGUUAUAUGGAUGUUAAGUCAAGGGUGCGGAUAUAUAUAGUUCAUGUUAAUUGAAUGCUGGGGACGGCGAAUACAGUUCUACAUAGAGGAUGCCAGUAUACGGAUAAGUGGAAGUAUAUCAGCUUUGAACUUAUUAGAGAUUUUUUAAGCAGAGCCGUCCUAUUUAAUUUGAGGUAAUACCGACGAUGAUCAUUAAGUAAAACCAAAGACCGUAGAGGAUCUCCCACGCCGCAGUCGUUAUAAAACUCCCACGCCGCAGUCCAGGACCCGAAGGUAAUUCCCACGCCGCCGUCUUACCCUUGGUGCUACCUCCCACGACGCCGUCAGCCUUUGCUGCAACUCCCGCGCCGCAGUCCAGAGCCUCCAGUAAGUCCCACGCCGCCGUCUUACCCUUUGUGCUACAUCCCACGACGCCGUCAGUGCUGCCGCAACUCCCGCGCCGCAUUCGAUUCAUAUCCCUCGCCGCCCUGGUACCAAGAUGAUGAGGAAAAACUAUCCUAGCAGAAGUGUAGUCCCUAGCGCCCUCUCCUAAGUCCCUACGAAGCCCUACAAAGUCCCUCGAAGAAAAAUAAUACGAUCCCACGCUGCGGUCCUAAAUUGGUAUCCAACGCUGCCGUCAAUUCUAGGAUCCAUCGCUGCCGUCGAUUCUAGGAUCCAACGCUGCCGUCAAUUCUAGGAUCCAUCGCUGCCGUCGAUACUUGGAUUCCAACGCUGCCGUCAAUGCAAUAAAAUUUGAUUCUUGCCCAAUUGUAGAUUAAUACAAAAUUCGAAAGAAUUGCGAAUACUGCUGAGAAAUUCUAAACGCCACCACGAAAAGUCCAAAGGAAGAAGUGAAUACGGCCUCAUCUGUAUUUGUUGCCCAGUUAGCAGUGGUAUUGGUAUUGGUUGUAGUAGAAGUAGAUAAACCCAAAUAUUGAGAGAUUCGAAAUCUUGAGUACGCCUAUCCCGCUGUCGCCAGGCUCAACUGCAUAUACACGUAGGGGGAGGUAGAGGAUGCGAAGAAAGCGUAUGAGAAGCUUUGCAGUUGUCCUCAGCGUCAGUGUACCAUAUGUUUAGAAGUGUGGGUGUGUCCAAAAGUAGAGAACGAGAGAAAAACUAGCGCCGAUAAGCAGCAGAUCCAAAAGUGAUAGUCCUAGUCCUAAGUCCUACAUGC